AAAAAUCACCAUGGCAACAGACGGAAAAGGUGCCAUCAUCAUACGCAGAGAGAUAGUUGAAGACAAAUCGACGUUCAAUCUGAGGUACACGAAUUACUACGUCAGAGUGAAAAAUGGCAAACAAUCAUGGGAAUUGGAGAAAAGAUAUUCAGAUUUUGUAAAACUAUAUGAACGGCUCAAGGCAGAGAUCCUAUCAGCAUUAGAAAACUUGAAAUUACCACCGAAGAAGACUGUCGGUAUCUUCAGGAAAGCUUUUCUAGACAAGCGUCAGCAGGAUCUGGACGUAUUUCUAAAUAACUUGGCAUGCCACGAAUUCUUGUCGAAAUGCUCGUCGACAAGAGAAUUUCUUGGGAUGACUCCUGCAUCUAUCAGUACUGGGCAGCGCCACGAGAUUUCCAUUAUCUCACCAAGCAAUCGUAGCCGUGCUUCUACCUACUCUCAAGGCACUACCAAAGAUUCGUGCGCAUCACAUCUUUCUCGGUCUCAUUCGAAAUUUGUACGUGAAUGGGUUGGUAAGGAGAAUAUUUCUCCCAGAACUAAGCAGUUACAACGCUCAAAAUCUCUCGGAGCUGUCGAUGCCGCUUCCAAGGAGCGUUUCCAUGGUGACAAUGACUUAUGGGAAACGUUUAAAUUGUUUACCGAUCUUGAGUCCCGUAUAAGCACUGUAUUUGAGUUUAUUCAGAAAGAAGAUGGGUUGGAUCGAGCCACCAUUACAAGACGUGAACGACUCCAGUUCAACUUAUUGGACGACCUGAAACAGAUCAGGAAAAGAUUUAUGCAAAUGAUGAACAGGAAAACUCCAGACAUGUAUGCAUCGGAUUUAACAUCAGAUGAACAAGUCAUAGCACAGUCACUGAUGGGAACAGAUAGCGGCAACCAGCCACCACCGUACGCAUGCGCACUAGCACAACUACCGUACACGAUGACAUAUAUCGAUGCAGAAAAUGUACAAAUCGGAGAUGGAACCGCGAUGUACUUGAACGAGGACCAGACAUCGGAUAUAGAAUCUGAAAAAGCUCCAUCAAAAGUAAGGAUGCUGACAUUGAGAUUAAAGUUCUAUGACUCGGAAUGCAGACAGCUGCAGAAAGCAGAAUGGUACUUCAGUGGGCUCGGACUUAUCCCCGAACUGAAAGACUACUUCCGAAACUUUCCCGGCGUCUUGUACAGAGGACAAAAAUCAGGCAGCGUGCUGAUAGAGCUCCAAGUGUUGACAGAAGAGGGCGCUGUGCGUGUGAAGGAAAAGGUCGACUGUGGUGAAUUCGCUCGAGUUAUAGCCAGUGUUGCAGCGAACAAUGACAAAAUGCAGCAGUGUACAGAUGGAAAGGGAGUCUUCUGUUCCGUGGACAUUGAUCGUGAGCACUACCAGGAAAUUCUGGAUAGCUUCCAUACUACGAGGGAAGACGAAAACCCCGAUACAGAUAAAUCUGAUGAUGGCGAUGCCGAUCCAUUGCCGGGUGUAACCCCUGCCGUAUCACAGGAGCCGAUGGAAGUGUCGCCAGUGGCAAAGCCAUGGUUUAGCGGUACUACAGCCUCGGAGCAAAAAUCCAUGUUCUCGGCUGCUCUGAGUGAAAGCGAAGAUGAAUGGGGUAGCACCAGUCCGCCAGUACGCGGACAUAGAAUGAGGGCUUCGUACAGUUCACUGAGCUCCCAAUCAUCAUCAACCAUAACCGAACCGACCACCAAGAGGUCAAAAGUCAAUCAUUCUUCGCAUGACUUCUUCAAAGAAACCAACAUAAAACGGUUCGUAUUUACGAAGGAAAGUGGUCUGGCGUUAACACCGUCAGAUCUUAACGAUGCGACAGCGAAAAUCGCCCAGUUGCAGGGUAGUCCACGUGCCGAAUCCGGCGACGGCGGAGCGACAGCGAAGUCCCCAUUCGACGACGAUAUUGGCUUUUUGAAGAGUUGCUCUGCACCACUCGGCAAAUUGAAAAAGAAGGUGCGAUGUAAUGCAGAAAUCACAAUACGGAGCGGUUCGAUUGAGUUGGUCUUAUUGUCAGGCGCUGGGUCCAAGGCUUUCAUUGCAGUUCGUGUUGUUGGCGGAACGUUAGCGACCCGGACAACACCUGUAGCAUUGUACCCGUACGAUGAGUCAUCUAUUACUGGGAAUGACGUCAUCCUGACGUGUCAGAAUUACCAACCAUCAGCACAAUAUACUUACAACAUCGUCGAGUGGUAUAGAAUUAUCGACGAUCAAAACGUUCCGUGGGGUCAACUACUUCUUGCCGACAUGGAGAACAACAACGCUGCUUGCUCUAUCGACCACAGAUACGACAUCAUACAGAACAAGGGAGAUCUCGUCAUAAAGGAUGUAGUUUUCACUAGAGGGCGCUAUCAGUGCAGGAGGAUUUUCCGAUUGUCAGACAGUUACAUAACUCGUUCCUUUGAAGUGACACUCCAGUUGACGAAUAAAAAACCUCGCCCACGUAUAUCAGAUUCUUUAAUGUGGUUGAUCGGCAACGACGAUAUUGGUCACCUUGGAGAUGGAAUUGAUGAUCUUCCGUUCUACCGUCACGAAACUCGUUUAGCAUAUUUUGCCAUACGACAUUGGAUGUAG